AUGUCUGAUCCUCUUACAUCGACCACCUCCAGGUCGCUUCAGACUGGGCAUCCCGAGCUUGUGGUCCAGUAUGGAGAUUCAGAUCAAGAUGCCCGAGACGAUGGGUUGGAUGCUAAGCCGUCUGGCCAUCCGGAUGACCUCAUGCCGGCCUACCUUCGUAAGGCUGCAGCUGCCAGGUCCUUCCUCUACUUGUCCAGUGUAACAAGCGACCCGCGACAACCUAAAGUGGCCUCCGAGUCCGCCAUGGCUACACAAAAGUUGUCACCGGGCCGCCCAACCAUCCCGUCAGACCCCUCUGUUGGCAUGCCCGGGCUGUAG